AAUUAAGCUCAUAAUAUUUUAUGUUAAUAGAAACAUAUCUGUGUUAUAGUGGACCCAUAGAAUAAGUGGAGGUAGGAGGAUAAAUUUUAGUCUUUUGGAAGAGAUAGGUAUGGUAUGGUGUCUGAAACACCCGCCAAAAAUGUUGACAAUAACUAAUUCUACUGCCACUGCUGUUAAUGUUACUUCUACAUCUCCACAACUAUCUUCGUCAUCAAUCAUUCAAAACCCUCACCGUUCCUUCAAACCAAUUAACCGGCGCCGCCUCUUAACUGCACUAACACUCUCCAUCUCCUUCACUUGUCAGCCCAAUUCAUUUACUCCGCAGGUUGCUGAUGCCCGUGGUCUCUUCCAAAUGCCCCCAAUUCGUCUCACCAACCGGUACUAUUUGGUGAGGGCUGGGGAGUCUGAAUUUGAGAGCUUGGGGAUAAUUAAUACGAACCCAGUUGCAAAAACAUCGGUUGAUAGUGGGUUAUCAGAGAUAGGAAAGAAGCAAACAGUGAGGGCUGCUUUUGAGUUGAAGGCAAUAAGGGCCUGUGAUAAGGGCUGCUGGAUUUGGCCUUCUAUUACUCAGAGAGCUUACCAGGCUGCUGAGAUUAUCGCCUCUGUUAAUGGAAUCAGUCGAAGUUAUAUAGUUCCUGAGUAUAGCUUUCUGGAUGCUCGUGGACUGGGAGCUUAUGAAGGCAAGAAAUUGGAAUCUGUUUCAGAAAUAUAUGCAUCCGAUGGUAUUUCUCCGACUAUUAGGCCUCCUCCGAUAGAUGAUGGAACCCCAAACGAGAGUGUUGCAGAUGUGUUUGUUCGCAUUACACAACUCAUGUCGAUUCUUGAGACACAGUACUCGGAAGACACAGUGAUUAUUGUCUCACCUGAUUCUGACAAUUUAACAAUCCUUCAAGCUGGAUUAACCGGUCUUGACCUCCGAAGGCAUCGGGAACUUUCCUUUACCCCAGGGGAAGUUAGAUUUGUUGAUGCCAAUAGCAUACCCACUUACAAGCAACCUGCAUCUGCCAUUUAUAAAUGUUUAAAUCCACCAAACUGUAAUUGACAUUAAAUCUUUACUAAAACU